AUGAAGGUAGCACAAGUGGUAUUCGUGUGGAUCGCAUACAAUCUGUAUGGGUUUGCAGCAGCUGGCAGAUACUGUAAAACGUUGGAAAUACCAAUGUGUCAAGAUAUUGGUUAUGAACGUACGUUUACUUUAACUCCCAAUAUCUUCAAUCAUCAAAACCAAGAAGAAGCUGGGAUUGAAAUUCAUCAAUUCUUCCCACUGGUCAAGAUUGAAUGCUCUCCCGACUUGCGAAUGUUUCUAUGUUUAUUGUACGCCCCUCCAUGUUCUACAAAAAAGGAUAAGUCCAUCCCACCGCCGCCUCCAUGUCGAUCACUUUGCGAAUCCGCUAAAGCAGGUUGUGAACCGACGAUGAACGAUUUUGGAUUCGACUGGCCAGAAAGAUUGAACUGCAAGCAGUUUCCGGAGGAUGGUGGAUUGUGCAUAUCACCAGCGCGAUAA